GCCGGCCUGCCUCACCAAAUCCAACUCAUACGACAUUCAGGUGCUCAAAAAGAGAAAGCGGCAGAUUUGAGAGACGCGUCUAUUUAGCCAUACAGGCUCGUCCAAUCUCAUCUGCUAGGGCAUGUUCACCUUUUUAUGUUUGCGACCAAGCCCAACAGCAUUUCAUACAAAAGGGAGAGAAUUACACGGUCUGCACGUCAUUCCAUGCGUACUUGUCAUGACACAUUCAGAUUCACAAGAAGAAUCAUCCUUGAUGCUCAUUCGAAGCUACCGCCACCACCACCACAACAAAAAGAAUGCGCUGGAGACGUUUGCUAGUCCACGCAAAGGUGCAAAAAGAAUGGUUCGAAGAAUCCCGAGCAAGCUCAGGCACGUUGUCCCCUUCGUGGAUCGAACACGAUACCUCCAGAUUUAGUGACUGAGACUUCAGUCUGGCGCUCUCCCAAUUGAG